AUGACUUCUGAUAUUAACUCCUUGGCUGGAGAAGCCUUAAAAACCAUUAAGGACGAAUUGCCUACUGCAAUAUCAGCUGAUGAGGCAGCUGCAAAUUCCGGACUCAUACUCGUCUUAGCUACUACCCUUAUGGUUAUCUACAUAGGAUUGGUCUUCGCCGUUGGGCUUCCUGUGAAUCAAGAGGAAGGAGCAGCUCCCGCUGAAUUUAUUGAUUUGCCUAUAGACGAUAUACCUCACUCUGGUGCCGCACAGGAAACCUUUGAACAGCCCGAGAUCAACCAAUCCGACGAAUCGGAAAAGGAAAAAAAGGAGGAAAAAGAAAAAGAAACAGAUUCUGACGAAAAUUAA